CGGGGGGUUGUUGGCGAGCGACAAUUAAAAUGUCAUAAUUUCUCAUACGGUUUACUUAAUUUUCAUUUGAAUUAUAGAGGAUCUUUGAGAAUGUGUUCCAUGUAAUUCACUUCAACUGUGAUCCAGUCCUUGCAUUGUUUUGGUGUUGAUUGCAGGCAGCAUGGCGAUGGGAGGCGGCCAAGUAAGCAGCCGGUGCAGUAAGAAGAAUAAGCUUGAUGGUCUGCAGUGGUGAACGUCAUCAGAGAGCAGCAAGCAGGCGCCCGAGGAGCGAGGACCUGCUUCACAUGAUGCAUCCAUGAAGGCAUAAGGAUUUACAGGUUUCGGAUCCGACUGGACAAAGAUGGGGUGUCCCUCUCUGCUCCUCAUUACUCUGACUGCGUGUCUCCCUUCACUUGGAAGCUUGUCAGACUCAUAUUCCUGGACAGAGACGUCCAUUCGUCGAGUGAGUGAAACAGAACGUAGCAGCGUGGGCAGCAGGGCAAACCGAUUGGAUGGCACAAUCCGUCCCUUUGCAGAGGAGCAGGCCAGAAACCAAGAUGAGUUGACCCCGACUGGAAGCGCCGCCAUCACUAGACCUCAGUUAAUUGGGCCUGGAGCCUCUGGAGCAGCAGACGCUAAUUCUUCCCUUACAAUACGCAGUCGUCUAGGAGUAAAGUCCCUGGACCGUCUCUGCAAAACUGCAAGUGUUGAUAACAGAUCCCUAACUGAUGAAGACCACCCAGUCCAAACUCGUGUGGUUUCCUCUGCGACAAAGGACAACUUGUCGAGAUAUGGACGACCAUGCAUCCAAAGUCCUUGUGUCCGUCUUACCAACUACAACGGCACUAACCUGCAGUGGGACGACAUGAGACGCACGCUGGCGUUCGCCUGGGAAAUCCACGUCUUCGGCUCAGCCAGCCUCUUUAUUCUGAUGGCGUCUUUGGCUGUUUUAGGACUAGUCGGUGCCUCCACUCUACCUUACCCCCACUGCGGCACUCUGAUGCUGGCUAACAGCGCCCUGAUUGUGGGGGGUGCCGUGCGGGCAGUCCACCUACUGCUGGAUCCUUACGGGACGUGUCAGAUCGUGUCUCACGCCACGCUGGCGGCGCUGCAGAAUGUCCCCAUGCAGCUUCUCCCGUGGGCUCAGGUCACCCUUACGCUUGUCACGCCCAGGCGGUUCAAAUUGUUCCUGUUCCCGGUGAUGCUGCAGAAGCCUCAGGUGGUCGCAGGGCUGCUUGUCUCACACUGCACUGUUCUCCUAGCAGCAGACUUACAUUUCACUGAUUUAUUGCCACUGCUCCCUCUUUUCCUGCAGACUCUAUCCCUCUGCUGGGGCCUCCCGUUCUGCAUGGAAAUCCUCACCAAGUCCCUUUCCCAUUUAAACAUCUUCUACAGGUCUUCACUUCCUCGGGGGGUUUCUACACAGAGGAUCGAGAUGUGCGCAAAGCGAGUCACAGCAGUGUGCGCCUCCCUGGGCAUUGUUUGCUGUAGCCUUCAGAUUUGCAGUCUCCUGUGGCUCUACGGGCUGAUGGGGAACUGGAGGCGCUUCGGUUGGGGCUGGUGGCUAGGUCAGUUCUGGGCUAGAAUUCUGGAGUUAGCUUGGGGCUUCUCCUUGCUCGUCUUGGGUUCCUGGAUCUUCUGGAUGCCCUCCAGGAGACGUGGCCAACGCGAGGUGUCCAAGACGACAAGCUGGUGGGACAGGGUCUUAGCCAGCGUCCAACAAGGGCGGCUCAAGCGGAAUGAGAAGAAAUGGAGAGUGCUGAUGCCAAACAACUUGGCUAAGCAUCAUUUGUCAGGAGCGAGUUUCAUCACGAGUCCUUAUGAAAACCAACCAUCUGUCGUUGUAACAGAAUACAAGUGCGAUCCCUCCGGCAUCAGCAAUGGUGACACACAGGCAGCGUUCCUGCAAAAAGUGAGUGAGCGUGAAUGUAUUCUCUCCUUCAUUGAGCUUGACACGAGGUCGCCAUCUCCCGUUAACCCGAGGCGCAGCAUGGACAAUGCCCUCCAUCACGGACAGCUUCUAGCCGGUAGUCUGUUUACACCUCCUCCUCCUUCAUGGACGCACUCUGACGAUGAGAACGGCACUACGGCUUUCCCUCCGGCCUAUGUUGGCUACGGCUGGAUGAUAGACACGGAAUCCAUCCCCGCAUCUCUGGAUCAUUUCCAAGCCAGGGAGCCGUCACAGAUCACGGAUAACGGUUGUAACGACAAGUCUCCGAAAACCCAUCAGGAAGAGGAGUUUUCUUCAAGGUUAUCAACGCCGUCAUAUUCAAAUGAUUGGUCCGAUGAAGACGUCACCAACUUUUAAGACGUAACAUCUUUAAUCUGAGGUCUUCAACACGGGGUCCGCAAAGGUACUGCAGGGGUGUUUUGAAAUUUUUUGAUGGAUUAUACCAGGGGUCCCCAAACUACGGCCGAAUACAGCCCUCCAGCAUCCAAAAUCUGGCCUGCGGGAAGUCUCAAGUUUUUUUUUCAUUUGUCCGACCGCUUCGAUGUUAGCUACCUCUCUUUGUUUAUAAUGUCUAUUUUUCUGUUGGAUCUACUCUCUAUUUCAUUUUUGCUGCAGCGGUUACAUAUACUGUAAUACUGUACAUCAGGAGUGUCCGACUCAUUUGAGUUCAGGGGCCGCAUGGAGGAAAAUCUGUGCACAAGCGGGCCGGACUAUUAAAAUCAUAGCAUUAAAACUAAAACAUAAAGACAACUUCAGAUUGUUUUCUUUGUCUUACUUUGGCCAAAAAUAGAACAAACACAUUCUGAAAAUAUGACAAUAAAAGUAUAGAAAACAAUACCCGGCAGCGAUAAAGUUUAGAUCAGGGGUCUCCAAACUACGGCCCGUGGGCCGAAUACGCCACAGUGUCAGGCGAGCGUGCACACGCGGCGCACUAUUUUAGUCAAUUAAUGUGUGAGGAAUAUAUAUAUAUAUAUAUAUAUAUAUACACACACACACACACACACACACACACACACACACACACACACACACACACACACACACACACACACACACACACACACACACACACACACACACACACACGCACGCGCACACACACGACCCGGCCCCCGGCCAAAUUUUUUUAACUCAAUGCAGCCCCCGAGUCAAAAACUUUGGGGACCCCUGGAUUAGACAUUUUUAUACAUGUUUCUUUGUAGAAUUCCCCCACAAUUUUUACACAAACUUAAAUGUCUUUAAAUGCAUUACAUUUAUAAAGUUGAAUUAAUUUAAUAUAAAGUACAAUAAUUAAAUUAAAUGAACAUUGAUCAAACACACUGAGUUUGGAAAUCACUGUACAAUGCAGAUUUGAAAUAAAAACAUGAAUAAUAAUUUUAGAGUGUCUUCCCUGAGAUUGGUAGGUCGUGAGUUCAAACCCCGGCCGAGUCAUACCAAAGUCUAUAAAAAUGGGACCCAUUACCUCCCUGCUUGGCACUCAGCAUCAAAGGUUUGAAUUGGGGGUUAAAUCACAAAAAUGAUUCCCGAGCGCGGCCACCGCUGCUGCUCACUGCUCCCCUCACCUCCCAGGGGGUGAAACAAGGGGAUGGGUCAAAUGCAGAGGGUAAUUUCACCACACCUAGUGUGUGUGUGACUAUCAGUGGUACUUUAACUUUAACUUUAUCAUCAUGUUAACGUUAAAGGCCUACUGAAACCCACUACUACCGACCACGCAGUCUGAUAGUUUAUAUAUCAAUGAUUAAAUCUUAACAUUGCAACACAUGCCAAUACGGCCGGGUUAACUUUUAAAAGUGCAAUUUUAAAUUUCCCGCGAAACUUCCGGUUGAAAACGUCUCGGUAUGAUGACGUUUGCGCGUGACGUCACGGAGUGAACGGAAGUAUUCGGACCCCAUUGGAUCCAAUACAAAAAGCUCUGUUUUCACCACAUAAUUCCACAGUAUUCUGGACAUCUGUGUUGGUGAAUCUUUUGCAAUUUAUUUAAUGAACAAUGAAGACUGCAAAGAAGAAAGCUGUAGGUGGGAUCGGUGUAUUAGCGGCGGACUACAGCAACACAACCAGGAGGACUUUGAGAUGGAUAGCAGACGCGCUAGCCGGCGACCUCACCUUGACUUCCUCCGUCUCCGGGGCGCCGACCGCAUCUAUGAUCGGGUGAAGUCCUUCGUCGCUCCGUCGAUUGCUGGAACGCAGGUGAGCACGGGUGUUGAUGAGCAGAUUAGAGCGUAGGUGGAUAGCUAAUGUUUUUAGCAUAGCUCUGUCGAGGUCCCGUAGCUAAGUUAGCUUCAAUGGCGUCGUUAGCAACAGCAUUGUUAAGCUUCGACAGGCUGGAAAGCAUUAACCGUGUAGUUACAUGUCCAUGGUUUAAUAGUAUUGUUGAUCUUCUGUCUAUCCUUCCAGUCAGGGGUUUAUUUCUUUUGUUUCUAUCUGCAUUUAAGCACGAUGCUAUCACGUUAGCUCCGUAGCUAAAGAGCUUCGCCGAUGUAUUGUCGUGGAGAUAAAAGUCACUGUGAAUGUCCAUUUCGCGUUCUCGACUCUCAUUUUCAAGAGGAUAUAGUAUCCGAGGUGGUUUAAAAUACAAAUCCGUGAUCCACAAUAGAAAAAGGAGAAAGUGUGGAAUCCAAUGAACCCUUGUACCUAAGUUACGGUCAGAGCUAAAAAAGAUACGUCCUGCACUGCACUCUAGUCCUUCACUCUCACGUUCCUCAUCCACGAAUCUUUUAUUCCUCGCUCAAAUUAAUGGGGUAAUCGUCGCUUUCUCGGUCCGAAUCGCUCUCGCUGCACUGUAAACAAUGGGUAAAUGUGAGGAGCCCUUCAGCCUGUGACGUCACGCUACUUCCGGUACAGGCAAGGCUUUUUUUUAUCAGCGAUCAAAAGUUGCGAACUUUAUUGUUGAUGUUCUCUACUAAAUCCUUUCAGCAAAAAUAUGGCAAUAUCGCGAAAUGAUCAAGUAUGACACAUAGAAUGGAUCUGCUAUCCCCGUUUUAAAAAAAAAAAUUAAUUUCAGUAGGCCUUUAAGAUAGGUAGCAAUUUACACUCUAGUUGACAUCCAGCGAUUAGAGGCACUUGCUGCCACCUAAGGAUAAGCAUGUUAGUUGCCAGCUAGCUAUAAGCGGUGCUAUACUAAAUUAUUUGAAUAUCUUAGCGUUGCACAAUAACAAGAUAUCUUUAGGACCAGGUUAAUCGCUCCAUCAGUUUAAGGGUCAGCGAGACAACAUUGUCCUAAAUUAUAGUGGAACCUCGAUUUACGAACCCCCCCUUUUUUUCAAAGUUUUCGAUUCAUGAACUACUAGAACCAAGUCUACGUGCGAACCAUGUCUCUGUGUAUGAACGCUACAUUCAUUCAUUUUGUGUCCCCCUGGCAACCAUUUUUUGGUUGCUCGUAAUGAGGAGAUUGAGGAAGCCGGCUUCAUACCACAGCAAGUUUUUAAUUGUGAUGAGACCGGACUUUUCUGGAAAAACAUGCCAAAGUGUACUUAAAAAAUGUUUUUAUAUUUGAUCUAUUGACCUGAUGUUACCAUCAUUACAUGAUGAAAGGUGGCCCAAAUGUAUACACUAUAAUUUAAAUAAAUUAUGAACUAUGUGAGCAUAUAGAAAAUAACAGAAGUAAGUUCUUACAACAUACUAAUUAAAUAUGAGCUGACACAACUCUUGAAUUUGUCCAUGUUGGAAGUUACAGAAAAUAUGUGUGUGGGAAUUGAAUUCCACGGCCGUGGUGUCUUUGGUAUAUGUAGGAAGACUGAUUAAGAUCUGUGUUAGACCUUGUUACAGUGACUCUGUAGGGGUGUGCAGUUUCAGAAGAUCGUGUCGUUCGAACAUUGCAGACCGAUUUUACUUUUUUUAAAUAUUUGUAAUUGUAGCAAUAUGCUUGUUAAAGUUAAGCAUAUUUGUGAUUGUUGAUCUGUUUGUGAGGGCAGUUGAUCCACCACCCUCUAGUUAUUUGUGUUUGAUUUACAGUAAUGUAUAGCACUUUAUAUUGUGUUCAAAGUGUACAAACCUUAACUUAAAUAUGGACUUUUGUCGAGGUUGGGACCCAUUAUUUAUGUUUACAUUUAUUGUUUCUUAUAGAGAGAUUUGCUUCACUAUAAAAACUUUUACUAACCCUGUUAAUUAAUCAAUUGAGUUUGUAAAUCGAGGUUCCACUGUGUUAGCAAUUAGCACUGGCACUGACAUUGGCCCCUUUGCACACACUUUGUCUUUGCACCAAACACACCUGCCUUGCUGUACGGCAGAAAUUGUUUAUUCAGAAAAAUAAAAGGAUGCAGGGGAAAACACUGUGAUAUAUUUUGUACAUUAAAUAUGCUAACACCUGACCAAUAUAGGUCAAUAUAUGCAAAUUUCGACAAAACAACAGGUCACUUUUUAGGCACCCCAUACUAGUCGCCCCACACGUUGGACACCCCUGUUGUGUGGGGAAUUGGGAACGCAUAUGUUUGGAUGCACUUUUUUAUGCUAUUGAAUGACAAUCUGUGUUUAGUUACAAAUUACUGUGAUUGGUUGGCGACCAGCCCAGGGUGUACCUUGCCUCUAUACCGAAGUCAGCUGGGAUAGGAUCCAGCUUCCUUAAUGAGGACUGGAGGUAUGGAAAGUGAAUGGCUAAAUGAUUUACAAAUGACAAGCAUAAAAAGAGGUAAUCUAAGUUACAAAAAAA